CAAAGGGGGACAUACUCUGUGGUGCGCGUGAGGAACUGAAGGUGUGAGUAGCAAAAGAUGGGCCCUAAGAAGAUUAGGAGAUGAACUAUUUUCAUGUUACGGCUUCUACAAAGUUUAGCUGUGGGUAAUUCUAUCAAAUUCAGGGUUUAUGGCUCUAGCCUUCUUAACAGUGAUGCCUGCAAGUUCCCUGCUAGUGUUGGUUGCAUGUGUCUGAAUCCACAAGUCAUUCACAUGCAAUUUUUUCUAACAGUCCUUUUCUCAGUCCAACAGUUAACUGCUAUAUACAUUCCAGAGCUUGGGUUGUGAAUUGUGGCUCGAGAAUAAAGAACAAGCAUCCUGAUUUUGUCCUCUUUUUAUCUUUGUCUUUAGCUUUACUAGCACCUAGAAGGAUGUCUUGCUACGAGCAGUGCAAACAGCCCUGCCUGCCCCCUCCCAUUUGCGUGCAGAAAUGCAGCAAGUGUGUGGAGCCCUGCAAGACGGUGUGCAUGGAGGUCUGCCCGACACCCUGUGCCACCCAGUGCACCACCCAGUGCGUGGAGCCUUGUGCCACCCAGUGCACCACAUCCUGCACCACCCAGUGCGUGGAGCCUUGUGCCACCCAGUGCACCACGUCCUGCAGCGUCCAGUGCGUGGAGCCCUGCAGCGUCCAGUGCGUGGAGCCCUGCAGCGUCCAGUGCGUGGAGCCCUGCAGCACACAGUGCGUGGAGGUCUGCCCACCUAAGUGCAUCGAUGUCUGCGCAAAGCCCUGUGCCACCCAGUGCACCACCCAGUGCGUGGAGCCCUGUGCCACCCAGUGCAGCACCAAGUGUGUGGAGCCCUGCGCAGCCUCAUGCGUGGAGGUGUGUACCACCAAGUGCGUUGAUACGUGCGAGACGGUGUGCCUGGAGCCAUGCAGCACUGUCUGUUCUCGCCCAUGCUGAUGGCCUUAAUGCGUGAGCCUCACGUGCAGUCCUGGUGCUUCGCUGCAUUGCAGUAUCCAUGGGCUCAUGAGCAUCCACGGAAUGAAAAAGAAGUUACAGACCCAUCCGCAAUGUACUGAGACCUCUCCUGAUCUGGUUAGCCUGUGCUCUCUUUGUCUUGGAAAACAUUUCUCUGAAUGUUUCCAGGCUGUAUCUUUGCUUCUUAUGCUACUUCUGCUACUGCUAUCUCAGCACCUUUUUCUUGGUAACUGCAGUUGGCCGAUAUUACACUGCUGGGCAUUUUGAGAAGUUAUUUAGCAAUGGCUGUGCUGUUGGAAGGUGCCUACCCUUCUAUUCUUUAAUUCUCAUUUAAUGCAUAUCCUCUUGUCUUUCAAUGUCU